AUGGCAGCGGCAGCCCGCGCGGGGGUGGCGCUCAGUAGCGCGCCCUCCCUCUCCGCCGACACCUCCCUCGAUCCCCGCCCGCCCUCCCUGCCCCUCCCUCGCACCUACCACUGCCUCCUCCUCCUGCGCUUCGCCGUCGCUCCCCCGCUGGGGGAGCAGUACUACCGGGAUGCCAUGGAGCAGUGCCACAGCUACAACGCCCGGCUCUGGGGCUGGAUCAGGGAUGAGAUGAGGAUCAGGGUGAUGGGAAUGGCACUGAUCCCGCUGUUUUCCAGGCUGGGGGAGCAGUACUACCGGGAUGCCAUGGAGCAGUGCCACAGCUACAACGCCCGGCUCUGCGCCGAGCGCAGCGUCCGCCUGCCCUUCCUCGACUCCCAGACCGGCGUCGCCCAGAGCAACUGCUACAUCUGGAUGGAGAAACGGCACCGCGGGCCCGGCCUGGCCGCGGGACAGCUCUACUCGUACCCGGCGCGGCGCUGGAGGAAGAAACGCCGCGCCCACCCCCCGGAGGAUCCCCGGCUGGCAUUCCCCUCCAUCAAACCCGACACGGAUCAGAGCCUGAAGAAGGAAGGGCUGCUGUCCCAGGACGGGAGCAGCCUGGAGGCCCUGCUGAGGACGGACCCUCUGGAGAAACGUUCCCUGCCGGACCCCCGGAUGGACGACGACAGCCUGGGCGAGUUCCCCGUCGCCAACAGCCGCGCCAGGAAGCGGAUCCUGGAGCCGGAUGAUUUCCUGGACGACUUGGACGACGAGGAUUACGAGGAGGACACGCCGAAGAGGAGAGGGAAGGGCAAGGCCAAGGGCAAAGGCGUGGGAGGGGCCCGGAAGAAGUUGGACGCCGCCAUCCUGGAGGACCGGGACAAACCCUACGCCUGCGACAACAGUUACAAACAAAAGCAUUCCUUGAAACCUCCCGACCGAG